AUGUUUCUGGAUCGUCUACGUAACGCGCGACCCAACAGCGCGUACGUGGUGGAGUCCUUCGACGUCGCUGCCCUCUAUACGAACGUGUCGAAUGACUCUGCUAUGCAAGCCAUAAGCGAGCUCCUUAUACAACACGAAGGAGCAAUAAACAUGUACGGCUUCUCGAUUCAGCAGUUGGUGUCAUUCUUAAAGGAGUGCCUAAACUGCUCAAUCUUCGGGUGGUCCGGGAUGUAUUACGCACAAAUGAGAGGGCUGGCAAUGGGACAACGACUGGCACCAAGUCUUGCCAUUGCAUUCAUGUCUAAGGUGGAAGCGCCAGUAAUCGACCUCGAUCCGUUACUCUGCUGUAGAUAUAUAGAUGACUGUUUGGUCAUUUGUUCAACACAAGAAGAAAUUGACAAAUGUUUCGAGUUGUUGAACGAACAGUCAGAGUAUAUUAAAUUCACCCGAGAGAAACCAAAAGAAAACUGGCUUCCAUUUCUGAACGUGCAUAUUAGCCCAUCAGAAAACGGCUACAUUACGAAAUGGUAUCGAAAGCCAAGUAGUAAAAACAACCUGGUUUAUAACCUCUCCUCUCAUCCCUCUCACACGAAAAGGGCGCUUGUAAGAAACAUGUAUCGAACAGCUACCAGCGUGUGCACAGGAAGACAGCAGAGAGAGGAGUCCCUGAACUUGGCGCGGCAAAUAGCCAUUUUUAAUGGCUACGAAACUGUUGCUCGAGAUAGGUGUANAUGUUUCGAGUUGUUGAACGAACAGUCAGAGUAUAUUAAAUUCACCCGAGAGAAACCAAAAGAAAACUGGCUUCCAUUUCUGAACGUGCAAAUUAGCCCAUCAGAAAACGGCUACAUUACGAAAUGGUAUCGAAAGCCGAGAAGUAAAAACAACCUGGUUUAUUACCUCUCCUCUCAUCCCUCUCACACGAAAAGGGCGCUUGUGAGAAACAUGUAUCGAACAGCUACCAGCGUGUGCACAGGAAGACAGCAGAGAGAGGAGUCCCUGAACUUGGCGCGGCAAAUAGCCAUUUUUAAUGGCUACGAAACUGUUGCUCGAGAUAGGUGUAUAGGAAACCACAGGUAUUCCAACGCUAACUCCAACGACAACAAGAUCCCAUUUAUACUGUCCUUCAUUUCAAAUGAAGUAAGUGCAGCUAUAAAACGCUGUUUAAGAAGGGCCAGUCUAGAGAAUUCGGUAACGAUAAUCGAAAUGCCACCGAGUACUCUAAGACGCCAGCUAGUUCGUAACCGCCUAUACGACCGUCUAUGUGCAACGCAAAAUCGCAUAGUUUUCGCCAAUGGUAGAGACGGUGACUGCAUGAGUUCGGGUACAGUCUAUCUGAUCUCUUGUAAAGCGUACGGGGACGAAUACGUUGGCGAAACGAGUGAACCACUCUGCGUACGUAUAAAAGAACACCUAGUCGGCAAACGUAAACCAAAUACUCCAUUAGGCACGCAUAGGACGCAGAGACAUAACGGAGAUUUUGAAGUAAGGGUUAUCAUCCUCGCGCAGGAAUCAAGAACACAAGCGCGCAAAACUCUAGAGGCAUUCUGGAUUAAUUCCAAGAAUCCGAAAAUGAGCCGCAGGGAGGAAUGCCUUGUUAUCACGCGUGAUAUUGGACAGUAUAUAAACCUGUUAUUCUGA